AUGUUGUUAACUCAUGAAGCCGCGACAUGGUGGCAAGGAGUUAAGUCCACCAUGAACAAGUGGGACCACGCCCUCACAUCCCUAAGAGGUGCGUUUGGUGAUAGCCGACCUCCACAUCGAAUAUACAAGGAGCUAUUCGCCAACCCACAACAAGCUAGUGAGAAAACAGAACUCUUCAUCUCUAAAACUCGAGCGCUACUAUCACGCCUGCCAAAGGACGAUCUGACAACCAAAGUACAGAUGGACAUGGUGUACGGACUACUACAUAGUAAAAUACGCGAGCGUUUGAGAAGAGAGGAGAUUGAUACAUUCGACACACUCCUCAGAAAGUCUAGAGAGAUAGAAGAAUACGACGUGACUCUAUCAACUAGUGGCCUUCAGAACAAACUGCGCCAGCGCCAGUUUCCGCCACCUUCUCGUCACGCCGCAAGCAUCGCCGCCGCCCAGAGGUCAACGACCGCGCCGCCACUACCACCGCAGAGCGCCCCCAAGGCGCCUGCGCCCGCCGCUGAGUCCAGCGCCCACGGCACCUACCGCCGUUCUCCUCGCUGCUCCGUGGUGUCGCCCUCACCGUCGUUUCUACAACCGCAUGGGUCUUCUACUCCGUUCGCAAACGCCAGACGUCGAUAUUGUUUCUAUUGCAAAAACUAUGGACAUACACGUGAUGAGUGUCGUAGGUUAGCAGCUAAAGGCAAACAGGACAUUGAUAACACCGCCGACCCCGUCCCGUCAUGUUACGGAUGCAACGAGAGAGGUGUCACUCGAUCACAGUGUGCUAAAUGCAAUUCGGACUUCUCUGCGUGUGAACACGACCGUCCGAAAGGCGCGCUGAUGGGAAAUUACGGUAAAUAUCACAGUUCGGACCUGACCCCCUUUACUCAAAAGUCGGAUAACAAGCAGACCACACCCGUUAUUCCAAAGAAAGGUAGGGGUAGGCCGCGUAUUAAACAGUCAGGUACCAAGUUGGGCCCGGGACGUGUUACCAACUUGGAGGGGGAGCCUAUAACGCAACGGAACUCUUUGGAACGCGCACUUGAAUCCCGUCAACGCGUCUCACGCGACGCGCCUCAACCGAAUGUAAUUGGUCCACGACCGCGCCGUCAUCGCAAGCUCCCACUGCGCCUGCGCGAC